AUGGCAUCCCGUGAUUCAGUAGACUAUGUGGCUCAGGAUCGUAUCGGGCAGUUGGCCCGUACUUACUGGCUUCCGAAAUCCACCUCAGAAUCGGAUCAGACAAAGUCGACUACCACGUUGAGACCACUGGUCCAAACAGUGAUGGAACGAAUUUACCGCGAAGAGCUACUCACCUCCGGUUUUUCUCACAGACGCUGCUUUGCACUGGAACUAAAUCAGUACUUAGAAAAAUGGUUGUGGCCACAUUUUGAUCCGGAUACAUCAACCCGGGCACAUAUUCUAUCAAUCUGUGCAAUGGUCAACGAGAAGUCCCGCGGUCGUAUCUUCGUGGCUACCCCAAAUCAAUUCAACGGCUUGGUACAACGUGUGCUCCAACUAUUGUUAGAGGAAUCCCCCUCGUUGAUUAGUUAUCGGAAAGGUUUACAGCACCCGGUGGGCAGUCAAGAAAACAGCGGCCAGGAGCCAACUGAUUCAGCGACAUCUUCAAUGGACGAGGUCAAACAGCGCAAACUCUUUUUGGAACACAUCGUCUUGCUCAUUUUCCUCUCACACUGCUUCACUAAUCUCGCCGAAGUUGGUGUUUUGCGGCAGUGUCUACGUGAGCUCUACAGCCUUUCUGUAUGGCGUGACCACAUGCAUCCUGUGCGGCUGGAACAGGAACUCGCCAAUCAUCCGAGAUACGCGCGAAUGAUUAAAAAAAUAACCAAGAGCCAAUCAUGCCUGUCGCCUGAGGAACGCGCUAAUUUGGCUGUGCAACACUCCUUCAUCCCUCAUUUUAUCGAUAUAUUUCUCAGUCUGUUAGAUACCAUUCCUUCAGAUGAUAAAGACAAGCGUUUGGAACCUCUGCUCGUGCAUUAUUUGGAGCGUUGUAUACUACUUUUCGUGGAUCUCGAAAGCAUGCUGCUCACACGCCGUCUGCUCAAUGCAAUCAUAGACGAUCGACAUUUGGUUGUGCGAUGUCAAGCUGCAAGUCUCAGAAAGCGACCUGAAGGCAAGCUGUUUUCCGAACUGGUCGAUAUGUUGGCAUUCUAUGCCCACUUCCAAAUUGAUGAGAGCACCGGCGACCCACUGGAUGAAAACGAAAUGGACAAGAGACACUGUGCUCGGCUGAGUUCUUUGCAACUGAAAUCUUUUGCUCUUCAAAAAGAGAAGCUGCACACCCUAGCAGUAUCCCAUCCAGCUGGAAUCGAGUCAAGUCAGCUACUACGGAAACACCUGAGUGCCCUGAACGCGCGAGAGUUGUACGAUUUGGCUGCCUGCUUCGCCCUGGUGCCACCACGCCCUCAUACCGACCCGGAUAAUUCAUCUCCACCUGGGAAACGUGCCAAGUUAGAGUCCUGUUCCACAGAGGAUGGAUCAGCAAUUGAAAGCCUACGGAGUUCAUUAGAUGCGAAACUGACAGAUAAAGAUAUAUUAUUGCGGAUCCUUGUACAUCGAUUCGCCAGACGCCAGUCCGACCUGGAGAUGCUCAACAAUAUGUCACUCUACCCGACGGAGGAGUUGCUCUGGGAUGAAAACCGCGUUCCAACUCAGUACUAUUCCGGAGAGGGCUGUUUGGCCCUGCCUAAACUUGGUCUACAAUUUCUCACUUUGCAAGAUUACCUGUUGCGCAAUUUUCAACUUUUCCGAUUGGAAUCUACGUACGAAAUUCGUCAGGACAUUGAGGAUGCUAUUAUGCGUUUGAAGCCCUGGCGAGGUGAACUUGGACAAGCGGUGUUUGACGGCUGGUCACGCAUGGCUCUUCCAAUCCAGUCGUUCAACAUUGUAGAGGUUGCCAAGCCGCACCUGGGAGCUAACCAUCCGGCCCGUGUAAGAGCCGAUGUUAGGGUCGCGUUGGCAGGACUUCGGCCGGAAAUACGAAAAGAAUGGCUUGGACUCAGACGUCACGAUCCUGUAUUUCUGGUCACGAUCCGGCCAACAAAACAACAAGCUUGGAAAUACGAGCCCGCAGAACAUUUUGUUCCCCAAGUUGGACUUGUUUAUGUCCGUGGGUGUGAGAUUGAAGGUCAAGUCGACAAGGAGGGCAAACUUGUUCCCGAUGAAGAGCGUCUUGGCUUCUUGCCUACCAAAGGUGGUGAAAAGCCCAACCUUAUGGAUACAUUGCCCACCUGGCGCGUUCGUCUGGAUCCAGCCCAAUACCAAAUGGAUGCAGAGCGUUUGAAGGCUGAGCAGACGCGAGGUGAAGUUCUACGUGCGAAGGUCGUCCGAGCGAAGCGAGAAGGUCGGUCCGCAGAAGAAAUUAGCGCGCUUGAGGCACAGGCAGCGGAGGCAGAUCAACACAACCCGGAAGACCUCUACGACACCUUCAAUGUAUUGGUUCGUCGUAAACCCAAAGAGAACAAUUUCAAGGCCGUUCUGGAAACGAUCAGGGAUCUGAUGAAUACACGCUCCGUGGUACCUGAUUGGCUAUUGGAUUUGCUGAUGGGCUACCUGGAUCCGGCUGCUGCUCACUAUUCUCAUCGUCCUGACGUGUACGAGGUGCGGCAAAACUGGUUCGAUACGUUCCUCAGUCCGGAACACUUGAAAUCCGCCUUCCCUCAAUAUGAAGUUGAAUUUAUUGACAAACGUCGUUGGAGUAAACGGACAACACAGGAAAAGGAAUCUGGAGAGGAUUAUGAUGAAUGUGCACCCCCCGGCCCACCUUAUAAAUUGGUGUUUCCUCCAUUAUCGGACGAUCCAAGUGCGAAGGCUGAAGCCAUGGUCCCUGUGGAUAUGAUUGCUCCCUCAGAAGCAACUAAUUCUACCGACAAAAAGGACCCAAGUGCCACGCCCACGGUCCGACCGAAACUGGUGGCCGAGGCAUAUGAACCACCCCUUCACCCGCCUUGGCACCUGUUGGCUCGGGCUGGCGGUCAUAUGCCCAGCAAUAUUUACACUGCCGGUGCCAAACCCGGUAAUCUGGUCCCGUUUACUCCGGCUCAAGUAGAAGCCAUCCGCUCUGGAAUGCAGCCAGGCCUGACGCUGGUAGUGGGACCGCCGGGUACUGGAAAAACCGAUGUGGCCGUGCAGAUUAUUCACAAUCUGUAUCACAACUUUCCAAAUCAACGCAUCCUGAUUGUCACCCAUUCUAAUCAAGCCUUAAACCAGCUGUUCGAAAAGAUCAUCGCACUGGAUGUGGAUGAACGCCAUUUGCUGCGUCUGGGUCACGGUGAAGAAAGCCUGGAAACGGAGAAGGAUUUCUCACGUUAUGGUCGCGUCGACUAUAUACUUUCUAAACGUAUACAACUCCUUCAAGAGGUAAUGCGUCUCGCGAAAACCUUUCAUCACCCAUCAAUCUCUACAGAUACCGCUGCACCGGCAACAAAUGAAACAGUGGACCCAAUAUCUGAUCAAACGAAUAUAGACAUGUACACCUGCGAAACGGCGCAGUAUUUUUUCAUCCAGGAAGUAUUGUCUCGGUGGGAGGACUUUGUCAGCAAAAUGGCGCUUCAUGCUCCGUCCCAGUCCACAUUGGAGGGUGGCCAGGACGGGAGAACCACCGUCUACGACCCGUCAAUUGUACGAUCUCAGUUCCCAUUUACUGAGUUCUUUACUGGUCAAUCGUUACCCGCACCAGAAGUUAUGGCUCAACUAUUCGCCGGUAACAGCUUGAUCGAAGACAUGGCAAUGGCUCGAGCGUGCUUCCAAUAUCUCCACUCCAUCUUUGUACAACUGGACGAAUUUCGUGCAUUCGAACUAAUGCGCACAGGUACCGAAAGGGCCAAUUACUUGCUCGUGCAAGAGGCUAAAAUCAUUGCGAUGACGUGUACGCAUGCAGCAUUACGCCGUCGAGAUUUAGUCCAGUUGGGCUUCACUUACGACACGAUCAUAAUGGAAGAAGCCGCACAAAUUUUGGAGAUCGAAACAUUCAUUCCGCUUUUGUUGCAGAAUCCUGACUUGGCUGGACGCAACCGCCUGAAACGUUGGAUUAUGAUUGGAGAUCACAAUCAAUUGCCACCCGUCGUCCAAAAUCAGGCAUUCAACAACUAUUCGAAUAUGGGUCAGUCUUUGUUCGCGCGGCUUGUAAAACUGGGUGUCCCAACUGUUCAACUCGAUGCUCAAGGUCGAGCUCGCCCCAGUCUUUCUUGUCUAUACAGCUGGCGCUAUCGGAUGUUGCGAGAUCUUCCGCAUACCAUCAGUGAGCCCAGAUUCCGGUUAGCUAAUCCGGGAUUUCGAUAUGACGUGCAGUUGAUCAACGUGGAUGACUAUAAAGGAGUUGGCGAAUCUGAACCGAGUCCGUUCUUCUUCCAAAAUCUUGCCGAAGCCGAGUACGUUGUGGCUGUCUACAUGUAUAUGAGAAUCCUGGGCUACCCGGCUGAACGCAUCACCAUACUGACCACGUACAAUGGUCAGAAACAUUUGAUUCGUGAUGUGGUCGCCGCACGGUGCGCGAAAAAUCCACUGUUGGGUCAGCCGAGUAAAAUCACAACCGUGGAUCGAUUUCAGGGCCAACAAAACGAUUAUGUGCUGGUUUCCCUGGUACGUACAAGAACAGUGGGUCAUUUACGUGAUGUACGGCGUCUAAUUGUAGCCCUAUCUAGAGCUCGUCUCGGGCUUUAUGUGUUCGCGCGUAUUGAUCAGUUCGCCACGUGCCCCGAACUGAAACCUGCAUUCGAUUUGCUCAUGAAUGUGCGGGGACCAGGUUGGGCUAGGCCACCACAACUGCAUUUAACUCCAUGGGAAUGCUGGAUUGAUCCUCAAAGUCCAAUGGCUGCAUCAUCCCAGCGAUUACAAACUGAUAUGAUUACGCAGUCUCCUGUGGUCAUCCGAGAUAUGUUGCACAUGACUACGUAUGUUCAUCAACUGUAUGAAGAACGGGUUAAUGUGCUGAUGGCAAAAUUGGAAGCACAAAAAGCGCAGGCAGCUAAGGCUGUUGUUAAAGCUUUAGCGGAAGUUAGGCAACAAAGCGCGGAUGUGACGCAACAGAAUGAGCCACCAUCUCCAGGCUUCCCGGCCACAGACAUUGAAAUGAAGUCACAACCAGAUUCCAGCGAUGUUGAUGUGCAUUCAGAUCCAGACAUCGAGCGCAGAGAGUCUGAAUCCACUGGGUCUGUGCCCACGGCGGACUGAUUUUGCAUUGUUCGAGCUUUUCUCGCAACCUUGUAUAAUAAAUUCAUUCGUUUUGUACAAACUUGUCUUUUCCGACUAAUUUUGAGAUUAGUUCGCGGUAGGUAUGCCCUCAGUUUGUCCCUGUGUCUGGCCUGCUUGUGCGCAUAUAAGCUUUUUAGUUG